AUGGAACGUGUAAAAGAUAAAAUAUUCAUUCGACCAAUUGUUUAUGGUAAUACUGCCCAUUAUUUGGGUAAAAAACGCGAAGAAGAUGGGCAUACACAUGAAUGGACAGUAUUCGUGAAACCUUACUACAAUGAAGAUCCAUCAAAGUAUAUUCGAAAAGUACAAUUCAAAUUACACGAUUCAUAUGCUAAUGCAACACGAAUGGUCGAAAAACCGCCGUAUGAAGUGACCGAAACAGGUUGGGGCGAAUUUGAGAUUCAAAUUCGAAUAUAUUUUGUCGACGUUAAUGAAAAACCGAUGAGAAAAAUGUCAAUUGUACAAGAGAAAAAAUUUGAAGAGGUAGAAUACAGAUUAGACCGUUUGCGAGAAAAAAGUGAACGAUUAAUAAAAGCGUGCUAUGAUGAGGAUGAGGAAGUUGAUGAUCUUAAAAGUCAGAUAUCAGAAUGA